AUGGGAUUUACGGAGAUGUUCAACCUGGCCCGGGUGCCCUCCAUCCUCCUGCUUGGAGCAAUCUAUGUGGCCUAUGUUCUGAUUGGUGGAGUGAUUUUUUGGCAUCUAGAAGGACAGCUCGGAAGAAGGGACAUUGGAUAUAUAAUUGAACAAAAACAAAAUCUGCUAGACAAAUACACCUGUCUGACUCCAGAGAGCCUACAAGAAGUCGCAAAGGUUGUCCAAGAGGCAACAAAAGUAGGCCUCAGUUUGAAGAGUAACUACACGACUGAUGGUUUCUGGAAGUUCACCUCGUCCGCUGUGUUUGCUGCUACUGUUGUCACCACAAUAGGUUAUGGAAACAUAAGUCCCAGGUCCACAGGUGGGCAGAUCUUCUGUGUAUUUUUUGCUUUGUUUGGCAUCCCCCUCAACAUUGUAGUGCUUAAUCGGGUUGGCAAGUACAUGCUUGUGAUAGAGAGGAACAUCUCUGACUUUCUCGAGACCAAAAUGAGCAAAUCAGGCAAAAAGAUAUGUGUGCGCUUCUCUGUCCACUUUAUAUCAUACCUGUGUGGAGUGGUCCUCUUCUUUGUGGUGCCGAUGCUAGUUUUCCAAAAUCAAGAAGGAUGGACAUAUUCACAGGCCAUCUACUACUGCUUCAUCACCCUCAGCACCAUUGGAUUUGGAGACUUUGUAGCAGACAAUAAUCCAGAGAGAUAUUACCCGGACUGGUACAGCAUCAUGACAGCCUGCUGGAUAUUCUUCGGCCUGGCCUGGCUGGCUUUAGUGAUCAACCACUCCAUCGACAUCCUGGAGCGGAUCAACAACGAAAUGAAGGCAUGGUGGGCGGGCGAUAAGAGCAAGGAGGGGUCAGCCAGUGGUGAAGACAAUCCUGAGACACAGAUGGAGGAUGAGGAAGACAAGACCUCUGCACACAAGUAA